AUGGCUUCUCUCCUCUACCCUACAGAACCGGCUCCCCAGAGUCACCUGGACCUCACAGAGCUCAUCGGCGUCCCGUUGCCCUCCUCUGUGUCCUUUGUCACGGGCUACGGUGGUUUCCCAGCCUACAGCUUUGGGCCUGGUGCCAACGUCGGCCGCCCGGCCAGGACCCUGGUCCCGCCCACCUUCUUCAGGGACUUUGCCAUCAGUGUCACAGUGAAGCCUGGCAGUCCUCGAGGUGGGGUGCUUUUUGCGAUCACGGACGCCUUCCAGAAGCUCAUCUACCUGGGGCUGCGGCUCUCGAGCGUGGAGGACGGCCUCCAGCGACUCAUCCUCUACUACACGGAGCCCGGCUCCCAGGUGUCCCACGAGGCUGCCGUCUUCCCGGUGCCCGUGAUGGCACAGAGAUGGAACCGCUUUGCCGUGCUCGUCCAGGGCGAGGAAGUGGCCCUCCUCCUCGACUGUGAGGAGCACAGCCACGUCUCCUUCCAGCGUUCCUCGCGGGCCUUGGAUAUCGAGCCCAGCGCCGGUGUCUUCGUGGGCAGUGCUGGGGCCACGGGGCUGGAGAAAUUCACCGGCGCCAUACAGCAGCUCGCCAUCCACGCUGACCCCAGAGCCCCCGAGGAGCUGUGUGAAGCCGAAGAGGCCUCGGCCUCGGGGGAGACGAGUGGGCUUCAGGAGGCGGACGGAAUGGCUGAAAUACUGGAACCCGUCACCUAUACUCAAGUCCCGCCCAGAGAAGCAAAAGUGGACCCCAUAAACUCACCGCCCACUCCAUCCCCUCCUUCCGAGGAUGUGGAGCUUUCUGGGGAACCGGUCCCCGAGGAGACCCCGGAAGCUGCCAACCUGAGCGUCCCUGUGGACAGCAUCUCUGAGCAAGGGUCUGGGGAGAUCCUGAAUGGUACCCUGGAGGGGCUUCACACUGUGGACGGUGACCCCAUCACAGACAGUGGCUCAGGGGAUGGGGCCUUCCCUGGUGUCCUCGAAGAAAAGGUGACAGCCACCACAGCAGCUGGGGAGACGGAGGGGCCCAUCAAUACCACCUGGGAAGCAGAGGCAGGCAGUGUGCCCACUGGGGGGCUGGCCCUCUCCACGCCCACUGAGGAGCCCGGAGAGUGGGUCACUCCAAGUCUGGAUGAUGAAAGUUCAGCAGCAACAGCAGCCACGGAGGCCGAGGAGCCUGCCAGUGGUGCUGGGGAAGCCGAGACCGGCAGUGUGCCUACCCAGGAGCCGGCCCUCACCACGGCCACAGAGAACCUGGGGGAAGAGGCUACUCUGGGUCCGGAUGGUGAAGAAAGUUGGACAGUAGCAGCAACUAUGACAGAAGUGAUGCUCAGUCCCACUGAGGAGGAGGAGGAGGCCAGUGGGGUCCCCACAGACGGGCUGCCCCUCAUGACACCCACAGUAGCUCCUGGAGGAGGGAGCACUUCGGGUCCUGGCCAAGAAGAAGAUUGGUCAGCAGCAACAGAGGGGCCCCUGGCGGUGACUUGGGGAGAAGGGUCUGGUAGCGCUCCCCUGGAUGGGCCACCGCCACUCCCUGUACCCACAACGGUUCCUGAAAGAGCAGUCACUCCAGUUCAGAGCGGACUUGUGGGAAUGAGAGGAUGGGCUGGGCUCAGAAGAGAGAAAGGUGAUGCUGGAGAAGGGCUUCCUAGCUCCCCUGAACCUGCUGAGCCUGCUGGACCUACAGUGGGGACGGAGACCGAGGCUUCUAGCCUGGCCUGGGGCUCUGGCUUGGACUUUGGUUCUGGCUCUGGUGACCUUGCGCACAGUGAGGAGCUACUAAGAGGUCCCCCAGGCCCACCGGGCCCGCCUGGCUCACCCGGGAUACCAGGAAAGCCAGGAGCUGAUGUUUUCACGGGACCCCCUGGAUCCCCUGGCAAGGAUGGAGCUGCUGGUGAACCCGGGCCCUCCGGCCCGGAGGGAGAGCCUGGACUUGAUGGAGCCUCUGGCCUUCCCGGGAUGAAAGGGGAGAAGGGAGCAAGAGGGCCUAAUGGCGCAGUUGGUGAAAAGGGUGACCCCGGCAACAGAGGCUUACCAGGGCCCCCAGGCAAAAAUGGACAAGUUGGCUCCCCAGGGCUCAUGGGUCCUCCAGGGCCUCCUGGACCGCCUGGGCCUCCAGGCCCUGGAUGUGACACUGGACUUGGAUUUGAGGACACCGAAGGCUCUGGGAGCAUCACACUGUUGAGUGAACCCAGGCUCUCCCGACCAACGGCUUCACGGGGUCCUAAAGGAGAAAAAGGAGACCAGGGACCCAAGGGUGACAGGGGAAUGGAUGGAGCCAGCGUUGUGGGACCCCCUGGGCCCCGGGGGCCUCCAGGACGCAUAGAGGUCUGGGCUAGCGCUCUGUCCAACGUCACCCGUGGACUCGUGAAUUUCUCGGACAUUCCUGAGCUCAUCGGGCCUCCGGGGCCAGAGGGCAUGCCUGGGCUGCCAGGAUUUCCAGGCCCUAGAGGACCAAAAGGUGACACCGGUGUACCUGGAUUUCCAGGACUGAAAGGAGAGCAGGGUGAGAAGGGAGAGCCUGGCGCCAUCUUGACUGGAGACAUCCCUGUGGAAAGACUGAAGGGGAGAAAGGGUGAACCUGGAGUGCACGGGUCCCCAGGGCCAAUGGGGCCCAGAGGACCACCGGGACUCAAAGGAGAAUUUGGCCUCCCCGGACGACCUGGUCGCCCAGGACUGAACGGCCUCAAGGGUGCCAAAGGAGAUAGAGGGGUCACGAUGCCGGGCCCACCUGGCUUACCUGGGCCUCCAGGCCCCCCAGGACCACCUGGAGCUGUGAUUAAUAUCAAAGGAGCCAUUUUCCCAGUACCUCCCCGGCCACACUGCAAAAUGCCAGGCCAGAAAGGAGAGACAGUCGUCGGGCCUCAAGGACCCCCGGGUACUCCUGGCCUACCUGGGCCACCUGGCUUUGGAAGACCUGGCGUGCCUGGGCCACCAGGACCCCCAGGGCCACCAGGACCCCCAGCUAUCCUGGGAGCAGCUGUAGCCCUUCCAGGCCCACCUGGUCCUCCAGGACAACCAGGGCUUCCUGGAUCCAGAAACCUGGUCACAGCUUUCAGCAACAUGGAUGAUAUGCUGCAAAAGGCACAUUUGGUUAUAGAAGGGACAUUCAUCUACCUGAGGGACAGCACUGAGUUCUUCAUACGUGUCAGAGAUGGCUGGAAACAAUUACAGCUGGGAGAACUGAUUCCCAUUCCUGCCGACAGCCCUCCACCCCCUGCGCUGUCCAGCAAUCCACAUCAGCACCAGCCUCAGCCUCCACUGACCCCCAUUUUAAGUGCCAAUUAUGGAAAGCCUGCACUGCACUUGGUUGCUCUGAACACACCGUUUUCUGGGGACGUUCGAGCUGAUUUGCAGUGCUUCCGGCAGGCCAGGGCUGCAGGACUGCUGUCCACCUUCAGGGCAUUCUUGUCCUCCCAUUUGCAAGACCUCUCCACCGUGGUGAGGAAAGCCGAGAGAUACAGCCUGCCCAUCGUGAACCUCAAGGGCCAAGUACUUUUUAAUAAUUGGGACUCAAUUUUUUCUGGCCACGGAGGUCAAUUCGAUACUCAUGUUCCAAUAUAUUCCUUUAGCGGCCGAGACGUGAUGACAGACCCUUCUUGGCCCCAGAAGAUCGUCUGGCAUGGCUCCAACGCCCAUGGCGUGCGUCUCGUGGAUAACUACUGUGAAGCGUGGCGAACCGCAGACGUGGCGGUCACAGGAUUUGCCUCCCCACUGAGCACGGGGAAGAUUCUGGACCAGAAAGCAUAUAGCUGUGCCAGUAGGCUAAUUGUCCUGUGUAUCGAAAACAGCUUCAUGACAGACGCUAGGAAGUAA